AGCCAGCUCUACAGAGUGAGAUUAAGUUGCUCUUUACGUGAGAUUUUAAGCAGAAAUAGAACCUCAAGAUGGAAAGUGAGUGAGAUUACAGCACCGUAACCUAGUUAACUACAAAAGGGGGAACUGCUCAGAUUAGAACCUGACCAGAGAUAAAUUCUCCCAGAGGUUAAAUGCAUGCAAUAAGUAUCUCCACGCCUCCUGUUGACCCAGGCUGAUCUUAGCUGUGAAUGGGCCAAUCUAGAAAACUCAAAGACCCAUAUUUCUCCUCUCAUCUGCAAACCAGUUUUACACCCUGUGGCUCAAGGGGAUGACUUUCAACUUACACCAGCCUGAAUGAGAGUGAUUCAGGGCAUCAUUUGUAGCAGGACAGUACUUUUUAUAGCCCACUGAGCUUUCGUGGGUAAUGGCUCUUCUAAGGUAGACACUGUUCUAACAUUAGCACUAAAUGAGCAGUGUGGUUAUACUACCAUCUCUUAAUUGCUAUAAGUGUAACAAACCAGUUUGAUUUGUCAUUCAGCUGUUAUCGACAGGAAACCACUAACAGCAGUCAACUGAUGUCACCAAGAAAGGUUAGGGUUUCUCUUUCUACCUGCUCUAAGGACUAAGACUUAUCAAGACACUGUUUAUGUUCUUAAGUGCUCACCCUGAGAGGGAUUAUUUAACUUUUGUGGACAGCUAGGAUCAAGUGGGAUAUGAUUUAAUCGAAACAUAGGACUCACCAGGAUGGGGUUGCUCGGGAGCAAAAAUCAGUUGAUGUCUAAUGAAAAACAUGCCUCUGGAAGCAAUCCCAAAAGCAAGAGUAAACCUUCUGCGCCACCCAAGGGAAGACAAUUUAUCAGCAUCCCCCAUCUAAACCAAGCCUCUGUAAAAGAUAACCUGAUUGUGAUCGCACUGUAUGAUUUUCCUGCCUCAAGUGACCGUGACCUGCAGCUGGUCAAGGGGGAGAAACUGCAAGUCCUCUCCAAUGAAGGGGACUGGUGGCUGGCAAAAUCCCUCAGCAGCGGCAGGAAAGGCUACAUCCCCAGUAACUUCGUUGCACAGGUGGACAGCUUAGAAGAGGAGAAGUGGUAUUUUAAAGCUCUGAGCAGAAAAGAUGCUGAACGGCUGCUGUUGUCUUCUGGUAACAAAGUCGGCUCUUUCCUUGUCCGAGAGAGUGAAACCAACAAAGGUGCCUAUUCCUUGUCUGUGAGAGACAGCAACUCUGCCCAUGGGGACAUCAUCAAACACUACAGGAUCCGCUCCUUAGAUGGUGGGGGGUAUUAUAUCUCCCCCAGGAUGACAUUCUCCAGCCUGCCAGAGCUAAUCCAUCAUUACAGCCAGAAAGGGGAUGGCCUGUGCCAGCGCCUCACAACUGCCUGCAUAUCCCUGGUUCCCCAGAGACCCUGGGCACAGGAUGAAUGGGAGAUCCCACGGGAAUCUCUGAAGCUUGUGAAGAAACUUGGCAGUGGGCAGUUUGGGGAAGUAUGGAUGGGCUAUUACAAGAACAACAUCAAGGUGGCUGUGAAGACCAUGAAGGAGGGCAGCAUGGAUCCUGAUGCCUUCUUGGCAGAGGCAAACUUGAUGAAGAGGCUCCAGCAUAACAAACUAGUCCGGCUAUAUGCGGUAGUCACGAAGCAGCCAAUCUACAUUGUGACAGAGUACAUGGCCAAUGGGUGUUUGCUGGAUUACUUGAAGACAGAAGAAGGAAGCCAGCUGAACCUCCCCAAACUCAUUGAUAUGUCUGCUCAGGUGGCAGAGGGAAUGGCGUACAUCGAACGCAUGAACUCCAUCCACCGUGAUUUAAGAGCUGCCAAUAUCCUCGUCUCAGAGACACUUUGCUGCAAAAUUGCUGAUUUUGGCCUCGCCAGGAUCAUUGAGAAUGAAUACUUGGCACAAGAAGGUGCAAAAUUCCCAAUCAAAUGGACAGCACCAGAAGCCAUUAACUUUGGAGUUUUCACCAUCAAAUCUGACGUGUGGUCCUUCGGGAUCCUCCUGACAGAAAUCAUAACCUACGGCAGGAUCCCUUACCCAGGGAUGACCAACCCCGAGGUGAUUCGCAACCUGGAACGGGGCUACCGCAUGCCCUGCCCAGACAUGUGCCCCGGGGAGCUCUACAACAUCAUCCUGAAAUGCUGGCGAAACAAGCCUGAGGAGCGCCCGACCUUCGAGUACCUGCAGUCGGUCCUUGAGGACUUUUAUACCUCCACAGAGCAGCAAUAUGAAGCAGAGCCUCAGCAGUAACCCACGGUCCUGCCAGCACCAGGGGGAAAGCCAGCACCCUGCAAUGGCUCAGUUCAGGCCUUUCCCUUUCUCCUGUGUGCCACCACAAUGCAUUCGGAGAUAGGGAAUGAGGAGGGCCACGAGGGAGGUGGAUGCUGCCAGCUCUGUGUUUAUCAUGGGGACAAAGGAGGUGGCUGAGAGCUGGCAUAGCUUCUUCUUCAUCCACAUUGGAGGCCUGUACCCAUUCUGCAGGCACUGCUUCUGUCACAGAGGGCA